AUGGACCCGAGAAACCACCCUUCCCGACCCCCAUCCACCAGCUUACCCCAGGGCUCCACGCCUCUUCCAUCCGCGCCCAUCUCGAGCAUGCCGAUGCCUCAGUACACGAUGCAGCCUCAAUACCCGGUUUCUCAGCCGCAUACUCUUCCUCCCCUCCAGCCUCAUCAUAGCCAGUCCCCUGCUCCCCACUCCUACAUGGGACAGGCGCCGUACCGGCCGGAAUUGAAUCGGUACCCUCCAUCGACGCACGAAGUUUACGCGUCCUCGGCUGCGCCGAUCAUGCCUCACACUACAGUGGGCAGCUUGCCACCGUCGUCCUUCCUCUCGCAUCCCAACUCCCAGGGGCAACCCCAGCAGUCGCCGCACUAUCCUCCUCCUCACAACGUGCUCCCACCUGCUUCCAGCGCUCAAACAUACCCACAGCCGAUUGCGCCGGCCCCUCCGCGGGAUCGUCAAUUUAACGGCCUCCCGUCUGGCGCAUUCAGCUUCUCAGAUGGCAAGCCUCAGCCCUGGAUGAAUGGCGAUCCGGCUGCUGGUGCCAACGGUGCUGCUGCGUAUGCCGCAAAGGACGCCCCUAGGACUCAAGUUGUUGGAUCUCAGGGCCGACGCGGUAUAUUGCCGAGCGUGCCAGGACGCGCAACCCCUGUCACAAACGGCGUCAAUGGCACCGCGAAAAACACCACCAUCCCAGCCAAGGAUGCAGAUGGAAAAUUCCCCUGCCCGCAUUGUAACAAGACCUAUCUCCACGCCAAACAUCUUAAGCGCCAUCUGCUACGCCACACUGGUGACCGCCCGUACAUGUGUGUUCUCUGCAAAGACACCUUUUCGCGCAGUGACAUCUUGAAGCGCCACUUCCAGAAAUGUUCAAUCAGGCGCGGGAACCCGACCGGAGCGACUCACUUGUCGCACCCCAACGCGCAUGUCAGAAAGUCUCAACAACAACAAGCUGCGGCAAAUCCUGCGAAGCCUGUUCAGGAUGAAGUCAGUAGUACCGCCCCGCCUCCCAAUGGUAUCCCGGGCACGACCUACGGCGAGGGAGCCGUCAACGGCAAUGGACUGGCUCAUCCGGCCCGGCCAGGGUACCCGGAUCACCAGACUCUGGGCUUCCCGAUGUCGUCCGUCAACGGUAUGGGCCGUGGUCAGCCUGACGACGGUUACUCCGCUGGUCGGCAACAUCAGGGAGCCCCAUGGCCAGCAGCUCCUAAGCAGAGCCCGUAUCUCGUGCAGCCGGGCGCUGACCCCUCUAAUCAGCACCUGAAUGUUGACCGUAAUUCCAUUGAGCAGGUAAAACAACCGGUUAUUCAAGACGCCAAACGCCCCGUGAUGCCUGGACAGGCCGGCCACCCCGGCCACCACGGCGAGCUUGACUGGACCACAAUGUUCCAGCCCGGAACCCACGAGCAAAAUAUGUAUCCCGUGUUCCCUCAGUCCAUGCCCGGUGGCCAGGAGCCCAUCCACGCUCACAUCGAAGCCGAGCGCAAGUUUUACCCAACCACAACCGCCGGCGCCCAAGAAGGUGGAAUGAACGGUUUGUACUUGGCUUCCACCAUGAGUGGUGACGGCACCGUUCAACCCGCCAGGCAAUAG